AUCCAUGUUGAGACAGAUCUUGCAAAGGUUUAGAAUCUCGCACGAAACAAGAAUGGAACCUCUCACAACUGAACAGAAGAGGAAGGUUAAAAUCAAACCUGACCCAGAUGCACAUCACACAAAUAAGAAAUGGGACAAGUUAAAGGUUAAGCAGGCCUGGAAAAGGGUGACUCUGGUUGACCCGGCAAGUGGUCCAGUGACAGAAGACUGUGUACGAUUUGUAUGUAUAUCUGACACGCACAGAAAACUUUUCAUAAUCGCUGAUAGGAUUCCAGACGGAGAUGUUCUGCUACAUGCAGGGGACUUCAGCAAUGUGGGCUUGCCUACAGAUGUCAAGGAAUUUAAUGAUAUUUUAGGAAGACUACCUCACAAACACAAAAUAGUGAUUGCUGGUAAUCAUGACAUAACUUUUGAUGAGGAGAUGUUGCAGACAGAUAUAAACUUGAGGAGGUUUGGUCUGGAUGUGGAGAAAGUUAAGUCAGACUUGACCUCUGAGGGAGUGAGCAGUGUCAAAGACCUUCUAACAAACUGUGUGUACCUAGAAGACGCAGGGGUCGAGCUGUACGGCAUCAAGAUCUACGGAUCUCCAUGGCAGCCAGUUUUCUGUGACUGGGGGUUCAACUUAGAAAGAGGAAAGCCGUGUUUAGACAAGUGGAAUCUGAUUCCCUGUGAUACAGACAUCUUGAUAACACAUGGACCACCUUUAGGCCACGGAGACAAAUGCUUUGAUGGAAUAAGAGCUGGAUGUGUGGAUCUCCUCAAUACAAUACAGCAGCGAGUUCAGCCCAAGUACCAUGUGUUUGGACAUAUCCACGAAGAUUACGGCUGUACCAGUGACGGCAUCACCACUUACAUUAAUGCCUCUACCUGUACCCUGGAGUACAAGCCGACCCACCCCCCAGUAGUGUUCGACUUCCCCCUCCCACCGGGCCACACAAAGGAUGAGGUCAUAGGAAGCAUACAGAAAGCCAGUCAGAAAAAUUAACCAAACUCUGUAAUAACCAGAGAGUUAGAAUCAUAUCAUAUUUACUACCAUUAAUAAUGAACUUUUCUUUAUCUUAAUUGCACCCAAAUUAUGUUUUUAUAUCAACAUAGUACCGUUGAAUUGUUAUUUAUUAUGUUGUUAAGCAAAGCAUUAUUCUAAUUUAUAUUACUGUUUCUAAUAUAUGUAUAUUUUACAUUGGAUUUAAUAAAUUUAUACACAACUUUCAUUUGCAAUUGGAGUUAUCUCUCUUUCUGUUAUGAAUUUAGGGCGCUUGUGUCAUUGUUUUAAACAGUGAUUAAACCUACUCUACGUAACAAGUGCCUGUGGCUGAAACCCCUAUCAAGUUUAUGUCCACUAUCAGUCUUUGAAGUUUUUAUUUCUUCUUCAAAACAUCAAAAUUGGAAAAAAGCUACCGGUAAUUGGAUAAAGAGAUUUUAAGCUUGUUCAACUAUUGGUCCAGGCUUCCAAGUGGAGAUAAAUAGGAAAUAAACUUAAACUGAUAUUCUACAGAAUACGUUUGCCUCAACAUGACCGUUUGGUUUCAGAAAAAUGGCAAAUAGUGUACAUUUAAAGAAUUGUCUUAAAACCCACUUUUCCUGGAUUUCCUUUUAAACUAGUAUAGGAAGUUUUCAUCCUUAUUUUGAAGACAUAGCACAAUGAAAUAUGAAUCAUUUAUGAAUGUCAUUGAUAUCGUCAAGCUUCUUGGUUGUUAGCAAUCUAAUUAAAAUUAACGAGUAGGUGAGCAGAUCUAACAUCUAAUUUUAAUUAAAUUGGGUUAUUAGUGUCCGAGUUUGAGCAGAGUAAGAUCAGGCUCAAGUGAGUGGUGUGGCCCACGGGCCUCUAGUGUAAUAAGGAGUCAACAAGUCUGAUUGUAAAAUAUCGAUGUUUAUUCUCUCAAUUAUAUCAGGGCUCUUAAUGCUAAAAGCCUCAAAAUUUGUAUACGUAAAAAAUAAACGUCAUAUAAAUUGAGCAAUAAACACCACAGGAACGAAAAAGGGAUCAUUUAUAUCAAAAUUACAAGUAAAUUGAGAUAUUUUGAUAUAUGUAAAGUUUUGAUAUAGACUUAUUCAUUUUAAAUGUGGAAUGGCAUGGCAGGGUAAAAAAUAUAAUUAUGUAAAAA